UUUCUUCAGACAGUUCGACUUCAGAAUUUUUUCAAACUUUUGUUGGAUUCUCAAAUCUCGGUUGCAUAUUUUUACCAUACUACAAAACAAAACAAGAAAUAUUGUCGCUAGGAUGCCUAUUUCAUGUGCAUUUCAUCAUUUUUUUUUUCAAAAAGUAUUGGAAUACUGGAAGCCCUAGAAGUGGAAGCUAAUUUCUCAAAAACCCCUACUUGAAGCUGAGAUAAAAUAUUGAUUGACUCUUCCAAAAAGAAAUAGGAGCCUAUUAUCAAAACCAUCGUCGAUCCAAAAUGGAAGAAGACAGGCCAGUCCAAGUAAUCAAGCACACCAUCCCAUACGACAUCCUCAACGACGUUCUAACCCGAUUCAUAAUCCUAGUUCCUGAAGCCGCAAAGCAAAACCUAAUUCGUAUUUGCUUCCAAAUCGAACUGGCCCAUUGGUUUUAUUUGGAUUUUUAUGUUGCCAACGACGAACGUUGCAGACCUUGCAGCAUGUACGAAUUUUCAGCGCACGUUUUCCAGCAUAUACCGUCACUGAAAUCCGAAAUACCACGUCUGCACGACAUACUUCAAGAGUGGAAAGAGUAUAAACAAAGCGUACCAACGUACGGAGCAAUAAUUUUGUCUGAAGAUUUGACUCAUGUACUAUUAGUCCAGAGCUACUGGGCUAAAGCUUCCUGGGGUUUUCCUAAGGGCAAAGUAAACGAAGAUGAAGAUCCAGCACAUUGUGCAAUUCGUGAAGUUUUAGAAGAAACUGGCUUUGACAUUAGCCCAUAUUUAAAUCCUGACGAAUAUUUGGAGUCUGUUGUUAAUGACCAAUUAGUGAGGCUUUACUUGAUCAAAAAUAUCCCACGUUCUACUGAAUUCAAACCUCGUACCCGUUGCGAGAUUAAAGCCUGUAAUUGGUUUGCUGUUACUGAUCUUCCUAAUAAUAAAAAAGAUUCUACUCCGAGAGUGAAAAUUGGAGUAAACGCAAGUGCGUUUUUUAUGGUUCUUCCAUUUACUAAACGUCUCAAGUUGAUAUGUAAUGGGGCUUACUUUCCAAGGAGAUACAGGCAAAAGUCUUCAAGUUUAAGUGAAACUGAAUUGAAUGCUAGUAAGCACAAGAGUAGAAGUACUCCUAAAGUUGAGAAUGAUGAAACAUUGAGGCAAUCGGCUAAAAAACGUGAAAGGAAACAUAGUAAGAGGCAAUUGGUGUUCAAUGAAACAACUGAUAAUAAUGCAAGUUGCCCUAUUGUACAAGAUUUGCCUGCAACUACAAUAGAAGAUUUUCCUGCACCUACCAGUUGGCUGAAUUUCAAAUUUAAUAAAAUGGCUAUUCUUGAUUGUUUAUAGUUAGGUUUUUUGUUUAUUUUUGGAUUUUGUGAGAAGAAUCACAUAUUUAUUUUUGUUAAUGGAGGUUGAUUUUUGUAGCAAUAAUUCUCAUUAGAAACUAUUUUUUUUUGAUUUUCGUUUUUGUGAUGUCAAAUUGACUUUGUAUUGAAAUAAGUUUAGUUUUUUUUUUUUGUAGAAAGAGGGAGCUUUUAUUAUGUAUACAAAUAAAUAAAAUUGUUCAUUUUUGAUUUUUUGUUGUUUAUUUAUCAAACUUUAAAUAAGGCUUAACACAUUCUCAUUCAAAUAUCACAGAAUUCAAGUGACUUAAACAAACAAAAGUAAACUGGAAUAAUAACUUCUUGAAAAUGUGAAAAUAAAAAAAAAGCACAAAAAAAAUACAAAUUUUGUGUAACAUUAUACUUACAUAAGUUGAGUAGAUUCUCAUCUUAAAGGCAUCAUUAUCUAAAAUAAACUAGCUAAAUACUGGCUUCAGAUAUAAACCUAAUUAAAACAAACAUUUCUCUAAUAACCAUAAUAAUAUAAAUUGGAAGUUUAUAACUUCUCAACCUCAUUUUUCAAAUUUUUUAUUUUCAGCAAAGCUGUAUGCAAACUUUUUAGAAGUUCAUCACAAGCCAACUCGUCAGUUAACCCAAAUGUAGCUUUGUAACAAGCCUUGUAAAACUCUGCUAACUUUGGACAAUCUUUAGUUGGGGCAGGUUUGGCAAGGCAAAGUUUCACUAAUAAUUUUAAAACAUUUUGGAGCUGACUCUUUACUAAUUUUAGUAAGGAAUGAUGCGCAUUGAAGGGCUCGUCCUCUUUGGUGUGAGAGGUUUUUUGAUCCUCUGGUAUUUCGACUUUUUUGUCAAGGAGCAGUUGGAGCAUCUCAUCGAGUUCUAAGAAGUAGCAGAGACAAGUUUGGAGGUGUUUGAGUUUAGAACUUGGAGAUGUACUCGCUAUAAUAAAUAUUUGUUCAGUAUUUGAAUUAUUAUAACUAAAAACUUGCCUUCAGCUGAGAAUUCCGCCAAUGCUAUUCUCUUCAUUUGACAUGUAAGAUAAUUAAAAGCAUCACCAGCUUGCAAAAAAAGUUUUACAGCUUUUUCAUAGUGUCUUUGUGCUAGGGGACCUGCGACUCUUUUUGGAUCCAUCAGGCCAUCCCAAACAUGACUAUGCAAAAG